CAAAACACAGCAACUCACGAGAAUAUUCAACUGGACAACACUCACUACCUACACCAUGGGAGAAAAGGACAAGUCCAAGGUUCACAAGCUGUCCCUCAAAGGGUCGGCCAAGCUCGUGGCUGAAUUCUUUGAAUAUUCGAUCAAUUCAAUCCUUUUCCAGCGAGGAGUCUACCCUCCGGAAGACUUUACAACUGUCAAGAAAUAUGGCCUCAACAUGCUUGUCUCCUCCGACGAUCAAGUCAAAGCCUACAUCAAGAAGAUCAUGUCUCAGCUCAAUAAGUGGAUGAUGGGUGGAAAGAUCUCGAAACUGGUAUUGGUUAUCACCAGCAGAGAGACCGGAGAGCAUGUAGAACGAUGGCAGUUCGAUGUUGAGAUAUUCAAUAAACACAAGCGAAGCAAAUCGGCUCAGAAAUCGGGUGAUAAGGAGAACACGGGUGAUGCCGAGUCCGCAGCCCCCAUCGAAAAGACCGAAAAAGAAAUCCAAGACGAAAUCCAAGCAAUCUUCCGCCAGAUCACCGCGUCCGUUACUUUCCUCCCCGUCCUUGACGGUGACUGCACCUUCAACGUCCUGGUCUACGCCGAUGCAGACUCCGAAGUGCCGGUUGAAUGGGGCGACAGUGACGCCAAGGAGAUCAAGAACGCCGAAAAAGUGCAGCUGAGAAGCUUUAGUACAAAUAAUCACCGGGUUGAGACGUUGGUCAGCUAUCGUCUGGCUGAUUAGAGCGUCAGGAGGGGUGUUCGCGGCUGGCGUUCUGGUUUCAUUUACAUUUUGCAUCUCGGGUAUCUUUUAUUUGCAUUAUUCUAAGCUCUAUCAAUAAUGAUUGAUGUGGUAUGCGUGCAUUAACACGCUCACCGGUGACUUAAGGACUAUACCAAGGCAACUCCUCUGUCUUACCAAACCACCCAUUCCCACUUCCCCCAUCCCACCGCACCAAAUCCUCAACAAUAGGCUCCAAUCCCACAUUAACAAAAAGCCCAUUUUCCAUCCCAGCCUUCCAUCCACGCUUCACCCUCUUCCUCGCCAACUCCGACUGAACGCCAUACCGGUCUUUACUCCACAGACCAACCCCACUCUUCUCUUCACCUGCAAUCAGUGACUCGGCAGAUGUCACGCUCUCGGGGGGGUUAAUUCCAAUAACAGCAGCUCUCUGAUUCUCCUCGUCUUGCCUGCUAAGAAUAGUGAUGGGGACUAGUCC